UGAAGAGAGGGCAGCAGCCAGCCUCGACGACAUACAGUCAUGAGUCGACGAUUGAGUCACCUCUGAUUGUAAAAGUGUAUAAACUACAUGACUGUAGGUGCAGACUGUUCUGAGAAAUGAAAAGCCAGGAAACGCCCAGUUCCUGGUUUGAAGUUAAAAGAAAGAGGGAGUCGGUUGACCGGUGGUGACGGAAGGGUUGGACCGCGGCGGCGGGACACAGAAACUUACAGUCAGCCACAGGCCACAGAAGCCGACUACAACGCGAGACGCUAGAUGCAACACGGUGGCGGGCAUUGAGGCUCUUCACUUCAUUUAUAUUGUAUUUAAAAUUGUCGAUAUAAGAAAUUAUCCUCAUUUUGGGUUCUUUUAUAAAUUAAUGUAAAUACUGUACAGGCAAAACAACUUUCCAGCAACAGGUGUUUAUAUAUUCAUGUCUAAGCUACCAAAGGUCAGUCCCUAAGGGUAGGUCAACUCUAGGGUUGUUAGAAUGGAACUGUCCUUAAACUGGUAAAUCCCACUUUUCAAUUAACCCCGAGUCUUUACAAAGCGUCUUGACGUGCCACUUUCAAUUGUUUGGAUAAUCUGCCUUGGUCAUUUGAUUUUUCCGAAAAUGUCGACAGUAUAAUUAAAUCCACUGAGCAGGCUUACAAGUUUCAAUCUUUGGAAUUAAAGUGCACGAAAAACAGGCCCAAUAAUAGUUUGCGGAAUAAAGUUUUGUUUUAUUUCGACGAUUCUGUUUUCAGCUGUACUUUAAAAUCACGAUUCUGAAAUUGUUGUUCUGAGUAAAAAUCCCUGCCUUAUUCAGUAUACCUACUUUGUAGACAAAAUGCCGACUGAUAGGCCUACAUGAGAUAACAAGAUUCAGUAUUUCACAGAAAAAAUGCAAUUAAGAAAAGUGUACACAUUGCAGUUAUGUGUGUGAUAUAAUGUUAUAUCCAUUAAACUCGGACCAGUUCGCCCAGUUCAUCGACGGGUUUUCUCUACGCCCCACAGACAUAAUGGUCAGCUUCGAUGUGGUCUCUCUCUUCACUAAUGUACCCACAUCCGAAGCAUGCACCCUCGCCAAGGAUAGGUUACUUCAAGAUCCCUCACUCAGCGACCGGACCAACGUUACCUCACACCACAUCAAAUCGACGAUCUCCUGAUCAGCUGCGUAUCAUCUUCUUGCUCCCAGUGAAGAGACAAAUUCUUCGAGCAGUCUUCCGGAACCUCCAUGGGAUCGCCUCUAUCCCCGGUUCUGGCAGACCUGUUCAUGGAAGAAUUUGAGCCGACAGCCCUCUUCUCCGCGGACCUCAAGCCCAGCGUAUGGAUCCGGUAUGUGGACGACACUUUCGUCGUCUGGCCACACAGCCCGCAAGACCUCCAGCUGUUCCUUCAACACCUCAACAGCCAACACAACGACAUCCAGUUCAUCAUGGAGAAGGAACAAGAUGGACGCAUUGCAUUCUUGGAUGUCGAGGUUUCAAGUCUACAAGAUGGCACCCUAUCCCGCACAGUGUAUAGGAAGCCAACACACACCGACCGCUACCUGAACAACCGGUCAUUCCACCACUCCAGCAUCAAGGCCUCCGUCAACAGAACCCUCGUGCGUCGAGCAUACAACAUCUGCGACCAAGACCACCUGAAACCGGAACUCCAUCACAUCUUCACAGCUCUACAGCGGAACGGGUUCAAGUCAAGACAGAUCAAGACCCAGGACCCCAGACCCCUCCAGACCAGCGGGUCUCCUAUACCCAAGGUUAACCCAUUAGGCACAUUAGUUCUGUCACCCUCCCCUACAUAGGCAAUACCUCCCACUGGAUCCAGCGCAUCCUUCUACACCAUGGCAUCAAAGUCUUCCAUACCGCCCCCAACAAGAUCCAAGCAGCUCUCCAGUCUCACAAGGACAAGCAAGACCCCAAGGCCAAGCCAGGCGUCUACAGGAUCCCCUGCGAAUGCUGCAAGGUGUAUUUCGGCGAGACUGGUAGAGAUCUCACUACCAGACUCAAUGAACACCGAGCCCACGGACGACGGGGGGAUCUCGAGAAAUCUGCCAUCAUCAAACACUCCAGCACUGAAGACCACCAAGUCCUCUGGCAACAAGCCCAUCUCAUUGCCAACAUAUAGAACAAUGACAUCCACGCCGUGUUCGUGAGGCAAUUGAGAUUCACAAGAACAGAACGGUUCCGCAAGACACAGGCUUCAUCAUCAGUGACAUCUGGCGCCCCAUCCUCAACCCUUCUUAGGUCGCCUUAUGGGUCAUCUAUACCCUUGGCACCCUGCCCCAGUUCUUCCUUUAGUCUGCCUAUGGGUCCUCUAUACCCUCGGCACCCAUGUUUACCCAUCCA